CAAAAAUCCGUGACCCCGGAAGUACUUAGUUAUUCAUGCCUGCUAGCUUGACAGUGGUUACAUAAGAUAGCUGCAGUUUUUUGUGUGCUGUGGAGCAGGGAUUCAGAAUCAUUGCCUCGUUUUUGAACACGAAUGACCAUCAACAACUGAUUGAUUUCACGACUCAUAAUGGCUCAUGCUGGAAAACCCAGCAUUGACAAAAAGGUCUUGCAGUAUGAAACCUUUAUUAGCGAUGUGUUGAAACGAGAUUUGGAGAGGGUAUUGGAGCAAAGAGAUGGAGUGUAUGAAAAAAUUGCACAAUAUCUACAACUGAAAAAUACCAUUGAAAGCCUAAAGGAAUCUGAGACGAGGGGACUCAAAACAGAGAUAGAUCUUGGCUGUAAUUUCUACGUCCAAGCACAUGUGGAGGACUCGUCAAAAAUCUUUGUUGCUGUUGGAUAUGGCUUUUUUGUCGAGUUAACGCACUCGGAAGCUCUGAAGUUCAUUGAGAAAAAGACAAAUCAGCUUACAGUACAUACCGAAGUGUUGACCAAAGACGCAGCUAAAAUCAAAGCCAACAUUCGCAUGGUGUUGGAGGGAUUAAGAGAGCUUCAAAGUCUUACGGAUCUUCCGGAGAAAAGGAUGAGAGACGCUCUUUAGCUGCAGUAGUGCUUCUGUUCAGACCUUUAGAUAUCAGUUUUCUAUCACAUUCAUAAUAGUGAUAAGACUGUAUUAUUUCCAUUGCUCUUUGGUUUAUCUGAAGUAAUAUAAAUGGUGUGUAAAACAAACCUUUGAUACAAACUUGGCAUCUGAACAGGUUGUACUGUUUAGAAGUUGCUUUAAAACUGUAAUUCUGCAUAAAAUAAAAUGGGAAAACAAGUUUUAAAAUCUGUUAAACAGUUUUAGAGACUUGCUUUAUGUUUGAUGCAUUUUUUUCUGCAUUGUAUUACUAGAUCAAGCAAACCUUAUGUUGACAAACUAUAUUCCUACAACUCUUUCCAAUAAUAUCUCAAAUUAAUUCACAUUUUUGGUAUCCUGACCUCUCAUUUCAAUGCCUGAAGUCAUCAUCAAUAACACAAUUAAAGAUUGAAGAAAAUUAAGCUUGCAAACGCGGAUGAACAUGCAUGCCUGAUCUUAGUAUGGUAUCUCGCAUAAAUGUCACCUCUUCAAAGCCACCAGCACUUUCAUCUUCGAACAGCAUGGUGAAGUGCUGUUGUGAAGGGAACGUUCAGAGUACUCUAUAUUAGUUUCUCAUGCUGAGAUACUGGAUAAUACUUCAAGUAUCAGAGACAUUGGUCUCUUGACUUAUAUGGCAACAGGAACCAAAUCCACAGGAACCAUAUCCACUUUUUCACUUAAUUUAUUUUUGUAAUGAUGUAUUUUUAAACUUUCACUUAUUAAAUUAUGACAUUUGAAGCCACUUCACCAUCGCUUUACAAAACCACUCAUUUAAUUCGGGCCCUUUGGACAAGUUACCAUGUACUCACAUUAAUACAUCUUUUUAUUCCAAUCAUAUACCUGUAAGGCUUUUGUGACCAUAGAAUUAGGGAUACUCAUUAAUUGUAUUUUUUUUUUAAUAAAGUCAUUUCAUAGGA